AUGCAGUCAAUCUCCCCUGUAUACUCGUCCGCGACAGACAGACGCUACUCUCCACCAUGGGCGGAUUUGAGUAUCAUCGGUAUCGCAGGCAGCUCCGGCUCCGGCAAGACUUCGGUGGCCAUGGAGAUUGUGAAGUCUCUGAAUCUUCCCUGGGUUGUGAUUCUCGUAAUGGACUCCUUCUACAAGAGCUUGUCCCCGGAGGAUCAUGCCAGAGCCCACCGCAAUCAAUAUGACUUUGACUGUCCGGAGUCUCUGGACUUUGAUGUCCUGGUCCAAACCUUAAGGGAUUUGAAGCAAGGAAAAAAAGCAGAUAUCCCCAUUUACUCGUUUGCAGAACACCAGCGUCAGCCAGAAACGAGUACCCUGUAUUCCCCACGCGUGUUGAUUCUGGAGGUCAUGCGCGAUGUUCGUGAGAGAGGAAGAGACGUCGAAGGAAUCGUCAAGCAGUGGUUCACUUAUGUGAAGCCAUCAUACAAGCAAUACGUCGAACCCCAACGUGCUGUGUCUGAAAUGGUUGUGCAACAUAUUCAGCGCAAGCUUGACGAGAAAUCAGAGAAGCAUAAUGCAGAGCUCAACCGGCUUGGUCUCAUCGCCUCGGAAGAGCAGCUAUCUUCUAACGUCUUGAUGAUGCCCCAAACGCCGCAAUUCGUUGGCAUGAACACUAUCCUCCAGGACCCGGCAACAGAACAAGUUGACUUUGUGUUCUACUUCGACCGACUUGCUGCUUUACUGAUUGAAAAGGCCUUGGAUAUGACCAAUUACGUAUCACAAGCAGUGGAUACGCCUCAAUCGACUAGCUAUGAUGGCCUGAACCAAGCUGGUGUAGUGUCUGCCGUCGCGAUUCUGCGCGGAGGCUCUUGUCUCGAGACCGCUCUCAAGCGGACCAUCCCUGACUGCAUCACUGGUCGUGUGCUGAUCCAGACCAAUGAAAAGAACGAAGAACCCGAGCUUCACUAUCUGAAGCUCCCUCCCAAUAUUGAGAACCACGAAAACGUCAUGCUCCUCGACCCCCAGAUGUCCAGUGGAGGUGCUGCUCUAAUGGCGGUUCGUGUUAUGAUUGACCACGCCGAUCCCAGAUUCGCCAACAUCCAAACCGACCCUCGCUACCGUCUUCCCAGCAAACGCCAAACUCAUGUAAAGCUCGACAAGCGAUUCGCGCACAUGCUGCGCGACAAGGAUUUCUCCCGCAAUGCCGCAGUCGAUAGAUACGGCCGGAAGCUCGCCAGCGACGACACUAAGAAACAGCUUGAGCGAUUCUACCAGCUGGAUGAGGAAGCGCAGGAGGGAGAAGAAGAAGAAGAAGGCGAGGGAGAGGAAGAUGAUGGUCUCGAGGACGCUAGUGUUGCAGAUGAUGAGGAGGUGCUUAGAGAGCUGAGGAAGGCGGAGACAUACGAUCCAGCCAGAGAUGGAGGAUUCGAUGAGUCUUCUUCCUCGGAGGAGGAGAGCUCCGACGAGGAAGAUGAGGAUGAAGACGAGUUCGAAGGGUUUGGCGAGGAGCUGGAAUACCCUGAUAAGCAGCGCGCGGAUGUGCCGACUGGUGAUGUUACGGACCGUAUUGCGGUGGUGAAUCUCGAUUGGGAUAAUAUUCGCGCGGAGGACCUGAUGGCUGUCUUUUCCAGCUUUGCGCCGACUGGUGGGAAAGUGCUGAAGGUGGCUGUUUAUCCUAGUGAGUUUGGCAAAGAGAGGAUGGAGAGGGAGGAGACGGAGGGGCCGCCCAGGGAGAUUUUUGCGUCGAAGAAGGGUGGUGACUCCGACGAUGAGGAUGAGAUGGAUUCUGAUGAGGAGGAAGAGAAUAUCAGGAAGUCUAUGCUGAAGGAGGAUAAGGGCGAGGAGUUCAACUCGACACAGCUACGGAAGUAUCAGUUGGAACGGCUACGUUACUUCUACGCUAUCUUGACUUUCUCGUCCAGGGACGUUGCGAAGCACGUUUAUGACCUUGUCGAUGGCGCCGAGUACUUGUCUAGCGCUAACUUCUUCGAUCUUCGCUUUGUGCCUGAGGACACCGAUUUCUCUGAUGAUACGCCCCGCGACGAGUGCGAACGCAUCCCCGAUGGAUACCAACCGAACGAGUUCGUCACCGAUGCGCUGCAGCACAGCAAGGUCAAGCUGACCUGGGAUAUGGAGGAUAAGUCGCGCAAGGAAGCCCAGGCUCGGGCCUUCCGGGGUAGUCGCAAGGAUAUCGACGAGAACGACUUGAAGGCUUAUCUGGCCAGUGAUAGCUCAGACGAUGAGGAAGAUGAGGGUGGUGUGGAGAUUGUUGAUACUACGCGCGGCGAUGGAGAAACGAAAAAGGUGUCUAAGAAGGAGGAAGAGAAACAACGUCUUCGAGCCCUACUUGGUCUUGGUGCGGAGCCUACGCCUUCGUCCAAGUCCGAUGGCCCCGUUGGUGAGAUGGAGGUUACCUUCACUUCCGGUCUGGCUGGUGGCCCCAAGGGCGACAGCAUCUUCGAGAACGAACCCGAGAAGGAUGAGACUACGAUCGAGAAGUACAUCCGCAAAGAGCGUGAGAGAAAGAAGCGCAGAAAGGAGAAGCUCAAGGCCACCAAGCGUGGUGAGGAUGGCGAGCAGGACGAGGCCGCCGAUGCCUCGAAUGCUAAGGAGCAGCCCCAGCAGGACGACUUGGGCUUUGAUGAUCCCUUCUUCGAUGACCCUACUGGCAAGGCUACUGAGGCUGCUCGUCGUAAGGAAGAGAAGCGCAAGAAGCGGGAGGAGCGUGCAGCGGAGGAAGCCGCGGCCGCAGCCAAGCGGGCGGAGCUGGAGCUGCUGAUGAUGGAGGACAACAACAAGCCAGGCAUCAAGCACUUCGAUAUGAACGAGAUUGAAAAGGCGGAGAAACAAGCUCGCAAGAAGGGCAAGAAGGGCAAGGGUAAGGGCAAGCAAGUCGAAGUUCCCACAGAUGAUUUCGAGAUGGAAGUCACCGAUCCUCGUUUCGCUCGACUCUACGAGAGCCACGAGUUCGCGAUCGAUCCCACCAACCCCCGAUUCAAGGCGACUUCGGGUAUGAAGGCACUGUUGGAGGAGGGUCGCAAGCGACGCAGGGAUCGGGAUGAACAUGCAGACGAGGAGGAUGCUCCUCGUGAACAAAAGAAGAAGCAGAAGAAGAGUGCGUCCAAGGAGGGCGGGUCAGACGAUCUGAAGAAGCUGGUUGAAAAGGUGAAGCAAAAGACCAAACGCAACUGA